AUGCCAACCUCGUACACCAUCGGAGGUCGCACCCCUGCGAUUACGAAGCCCUUCGCAGUGAUGACCAUUGAGGAGUUACUCGAUACUCUUCCCGACUGCGACUCUGGCAUAAUCUCCCAGCACUGGCUCCCUGCUAUGCGCCUGCAGAUAGAGAAGAUGAUCGGCGUGCUCAACGAAGCAGGCAAUCUACAGAUGGAGAGCAGCGUUGACCAGGUCACCUUGAACAGUGUGCUCAAGACCUUCUCCGAUCAAAUGCGAGCCAUCACUGCAGAGUACCGCAAAGUUGUCGAGCAGGCCGAGUCACUCGCAGAACGGGAUGGCAAAGCCAACAAGGAACGCGUCAAAGCCCUAGAAGAACAAGUUGAAGAGGCGCUCGAACUAAUGGAUGCAAAAGACAAAGAGAUCGAAGAAAGAGAUCAGCGGGUUUCGGAGCUGCGAAACACCGUCCACGAGAUCGCACGUCUCCUGGGCACAUUCAUUCAGAACAAUCUUCCCAGCUGGGUCGAGACCAUCAACGAGCCACGCACCCAGCAAGUUCUCCGCAUCAUCGCCGACUACACUCGUAAUGACAGCCUUGUUUCAGUCGACUAUCUCCGCAUCCCCGAAGAAACCCUCAACAAGUACGCGGCCGACGUACGCGAAGCCCGAAAUCUCGUCGGCGAAUACCGAAAGGUAUUGCAUGGACAAUCCGCCAUGAUCAAGGAUCAGUCGCAGAACCUCGACGCCCAUGCCGUGAAGUACGAGAAGGCGGUCAAGAUGGUGCGGGAAAAGGACCACGAGAUACUACUCCUGGUUCAGAAGAACGACGAUCUGACCAAACAGUUGCAGGAAAAUCAGAGCGCUCUAGCUGAGAGCCGGGAGACUGCCACAGAGGCCGAGGUGAUGACUCGAUGCUACGAGGAGCUUCGAGGUAACAUGGAGAGCUUGAAGACCGCACACGAACUUGAACUCGAUCAAAAGGACGCUGAGAUUGCCAACCUACGCCAGAAGCUCGGCAGUGCUCGUGAGGAAGUCUUUGCCCGACGCGAGGACGUCAAGAACGUCGUCGCUCAAACGCAGGCAAUGCUUCAUACACAGCCAGACCCAUACUCUGCCGCGGCGAAGAGCAGCAACACUUCAAAGGCACUGAGGUUUUUCGGCAUGGAGAAGGACAAGUACAAGAAGGGGAUUAUACCGGCCAGUCAAAGCACACUGGGUCUUUCAUCUGUCGACGCCAGAUAUUCCUCCAAAGAAGUGGCCCCGGGUGUUAGCAAAGAAGCGCUCUGGCAUCGGCCUUCGCUGCAGACGCACACAAACCAGCGUUCGGCACGCACCGCUCCCAAUACUCCCGUCGACAGAACGCAAGGUUCAGGUGUUCCUGCCUGGACGCCUGCUGCCAACCAAGCCCCAGCAGACCCAGUUGCCCCUGCUCCACCACGUUCCGAUUCCCUUGGAUAUGGUAGUAGUAAUACCACGUCUCCCAUAUCUCCUAUCAACAAAGACAAACCUCUGCCGGCAGAUCCCAUGUCGAUGUCGCAGCUCGCAACAGCCCGUCUGGCAAGCAUCACAUCUUCUAUGGAGAGUCCACUGCAAGCACAGAUAGCAUCCGACUACUUGAGCCACGGUAUCAUGGGCCAGACUUCGCAGACUGCACGACGAGUUCUGAGCAGAAUAACCGAAGUCUCAACACCAAAAUCGCGUCGAUCUCAAGAUGAAGAUCAGAGAUCGAGGCUCGAAAAUGUUCAUGAGGACGACGGUUCUGAUCAUAGCGUCGGAAGCAGCGAUCGAGAAGUCUACCGCAAGAGCAUUUGCGCCUUGGAUAUGCUAAACUCCUCCUCUGACCUGGCCAGCAGCGGGACAGAGACUGACAUUGAGCGAAUCAUGCGUGGUGCCGGUAUUACUGGAGGGACAGGCAGUCCACCGCCUCGUCUUCGAAACACCGGUCGGCACCCUGCAGCUACCUACAGUAACAACAACUGGCAGGAAAAUCGCCAAGACAAUGACCAAGACAUCCACACUGGCGUGGCCCGGGUCCUUCAUCUGCGUGCAGGAACCCGCGACCUUCGACGCGCGGGCGGCUCCCACAACAGCGACAAUGAUCAUCACGCUGGGAUGCGCGAUGGUGAAAUCGGUGUGGUCGGUCAAGAACGAGCACAACUUCAGCCACAAUUUGCCCGGGACCGUGAUUCCAGUGGCGAAUCUACGCAAGACCGACGCGAAUGUUUUACGAAUCCUGCCCGCGAGAGUGUAGUGAGCACUGGGUCCUCUGCUGGAUACCGUACUGAGGACUCGGAACCCAAGACUGUGGCGCAGCUGUAUCAUAUGAGCGGACGGCAUAUUCGUGGAUGA